AUGUCCUUCUCCUCGCUCGUCUCAGACAUUGCCUACCGGAACUCGGAACGGCCAGAGCGACCGGACCUGCGCUCUCAGAUAUCGGAAGCACGCUCGACCCGAUCUUACGCCAGCACUGCCGCCACCAGCGUGAGCAUAUCGGGAGAUAUCAAGAGUCAAUUGCACGGAGGAUACAGCCAUCCUCUAUCGCGGGCAUGGCAGGCCGAGCGACAGCUCACAAAGUCUAUGCUCAUCUACCCCCUCUUCGUGUCCGACCAGCCUGACGAAGAGACGCUCAUUCCCUCGCUGCCAAACAUCCACCGCCGCGGCCUGAACAAAGUCGUGCCAUACCUCACCCCGCUCGUCGCAAAAGGCCUCAAAUCGGUCAUUCUCUUCGGAGUUCCGCUCGCACCCACGGCAAAAGACGCCCUGGGCACCAACGCAGACGACCCCAAGGGCCCUGUCAUCAAGGCUAUCCGCCUGCUUCGACGAGCAUUCCCCGAUCUCUUCAUUGUCGCCGACGUCUGCCUCUGCGAAUACACCUCACACGGCCACUGCGGCAUCCUCCGCGACGAUGGCAGUCUGAACAACGCUUUGUCGGUAGAGCGCAUCGCCGAUGUAGCGCUCUCGUAUGCCAAUGCCGGCGCGCAUUGCGUUGCACCUUCAGACAUGAACGACGGUCGUAUACGCGCUAUCAAGCUGAGGCUCAUCGAGGCUGGCAUUGCACACCAGGUCGUGCUCAUGUCCUACGCGGCCAAGUUCUCAGGCUGUCUGUACGGUCCUUUCCGCGAUGCUGCGGGCUCAGUACCCUCGUUUGGCGACCGGAGAUGCUACCAGCUGCCACCCGGCGGUCGCGGUCUGGCACGACGAGCUAUCACCAGAGACAUAGGCGAGGGCGCAGACAUCAUCAUGGUCAAGCCUGCGAGUCAGUAUCUGGACAUCAUCAGCGACGCCAAGGAGAUUGGUAAGGACAUGCCCAUCGCUGCGUACCAGGUGUCGGGCGAAUAUGCCAUGAUUCACGCUGCAGCUGCAGCUGGUGUGUUUGACUUGAGGCAGAUGGCGGAAGAGGCUACACAGGGUAUUCUGAGAGCGGGUGCAAGUAUUAUUGUGAGCUACUUCACGCCCGAGUUCCUCGACUGGCUAGGCAACUAG